UUUAAAAUAAAAUAGUUUUAGUCGCAGACCAGACGCAGUGCCGCUCAGACGUAAAGAGCAUCCGACGCGUGGCUGUUUGAGCGAGUUCAAGAUCAAGUUAACGGUGCGUUGAAUGUCUAGUGUUUAAAACGAAUGGGCGCGAGUGAGAAGAGCGCAAGAAAUAGACGCCGCAAUGAGAAAUACACAGUAAAACGACAAGCGCAUUGGAAAAAACGUAUUCGAUGAAUAUUUAUGCUUGUGCAAUUAAAAUGGGAACCAGUUGAAAAGUAUUUGAAAACAAAACACGCGAUUGCCAAAUGGGAAACGAAACGUAGUAGAAGAAGCACUACAAGUGACAAAAGCUAAAAGUGUUUAAACAAACUGCAGCAGACAGCAAAGCGACGCCUAAAAGUGAAAAACGCAGCGCCAACGACUGCGACGUCGAGCAGUGCAACGUUAUACAAACGCUUGCCUUCAGUUCAGCGUAUCAAGAGCAAGAGAACAGGCGCACAACAAGCAACGAAUUCAUCCUGCGCAACGGAAACAAGAGCAACAAAAUUGAAAACAAGAGAAACAGCUUACACAGGGAAUAACAGAGAAGCUGACGUUGACAGCAUUUGUCGGAGAGUACAAGAACAACAACAACAGCUAGAGAUGACAUCACGCGCACGUCACUGUGCCUGGCGGCUGGGUAUUCUGAUUUUAGGCGUUUGCUGCAUUGCCGCCGGUGUUUACCUCCUUAACAAUUGGAUAGAUAUGUUUACGCGCAUGCGCGGCAAGGAAAUGGCACUGAGUCCAUCGCCAGCCUAUGCGGACUGGAAAGUGUCGCCCCUACCGCUCAACUUUGAUGUCUAUCUGUUUAACUGGACGAAUCCGGAGGAUCUCUACGAAGGGUCACCUAGGAAGCCGCACUUCCAGCAAUUGGGACCAUAUCGGUUUAGGGAGCUACCCGACAAAGUUGACAUCGAGUGGCACAAUCAGAACGCUUCCAUAUCCUUUCGCAAAAAGGCCUUCUUUUACUUUGAUGCAGCCGGCAGCAAUGGUACCCUCAACGAUAUGGUAACCUCGGUCAACACUGUGGCCCAUUCUGGAGCUCGACGUUUUUCGGAACUUCCUUCAAUUAUUAAGGCGCUUGCCGCCACAACGUUGAGUGGCACGCAGGAAGUCUACGAGACGAGAACCGCCGAGGAAUGGUUGUUUAAGGGCUAUAUCAGUUCUUUGGUCACAGUGGGCAAUUUUACGUCCCAGGAUGUACCCUACGAUCAGGUUGGCUAUCAGUAUCCACGCAAUGGCACCACGGACUUUGAUGGAGAUAUUAACAUGUUCACCGGUGCGGAUGACAUUAGUAAAAUGGGUCAAAUCCAUACGUGGAAUAAUUUGACACACACCGGCGCCUUUGAGGGUGUUUGUGGCAAUGUCAUGGGCUCUAUGGGUGAAUUCUUUCCUCCCAAUUUGAACACAAACCAAACUGUCUACAUGUAUAUGCCCAAGAUGUGCCGUGCCGUGCCGCUGGACUAUACCGAAACAGUCACAGUGCAUGGGGUUACCGCAUAUAAAUUCAGUGGCACAAGACGUGCUGUGGACAAUGGCACCAUGUAUCCGGAGACUAGUUGCUUCUGCGUGGAUGGCCAAUGCAAACCGUCGGGUAUCAAUAUUGCACGCUGUGCUUACAAUGCCUCUAUACACAUGUCAUAUCCACACUUUUAUCUGGCCGAUCCCAGUUAUCUAGAGGCAAUUGAUGGACUGCAGCCGGACAAAGAGAAGCAUGAAUUUUACAUGGCACUGGAACCAAACGCUGGCGUGCCCAUGGAUGUGGGCGGUGGUUUCCAGGCCAAUUAUCUGAUGGAGCCGAUAAGUGGAGUUGGUCUCUAUGCGCGCGUGCCACGCGUCAUGAUGCCCUUGAUGUGGGCCGAGGAGCGUGUCCGUGUUAGUGAAGAAAUUGCCACGCAAAUUGGACUGGUGCCGUUAAUUGUAUUGAUUGGACAGAUCUUUACUGGCAUACUGCUUGCCGGCGGUCUCAUCUGCACCUGCUGGUAUCCCACGCGCAAACUGACGCGUCUCUGCCACAGCGACGAUCCAAAGGUCAAGGCUUCCGUGCUGCGUCCACUCACCACGUUUGGUGUCAGCGCCAGUGCCACAGGUGCGACACAAAUCCGACCCCAUGACAGCCACAACGAGCGUGUGGGCGUCCGUCUCUUGGAUUAUAGACGCAGCUCGGGACUAACCGAUAGCGGCUGUAAUUCGGCCAGUGAGAGCCUCAUCGGAAGCAUCAGCUCAACAGAUGUGAUAAUUGGUUAAUAUACAUAUACCGUUGCAUCUUGCAUUUUCAAUCGAUCUAUCUGCGUAUAUAUAAACACACAUUGCCUUAGGGAGCCACUAAAGGUUCGAACAUCGCCGCGCCUCGCCAUUUACGAUUCACCAAAUGGUACAGAACUGCUGUUGCCUUUUAGACCAUAGCACUAACUAUUAGUUACACCCGAUACAUAUAUAUAUAUAUAUAUACACACACACACA